GAGAGCAUCCCUGAAAACUGCCUCUGUCAUACAACCAGGAAGAAGGUGGGAUAUUAGCCCAACGUAGCUAACUACCCCAAUCUUUCUGCAUACUUUCACCAAAAAAUAAUGGGUUCUUCCCGGUGGAAGUUGGCAGUGGCGGCUUUCCUUGCAGUAGUGGGCUCUUUAUUACCUGUUGACGCGGACGAACAUGAGCACACGUACACAGAUAAGGAGGAGGUCGUUUUAUGGAUGAACACAGUGGGGCCUUACCACAAUCGACAGGAGACGUACAAGUAUUUCUCUUUGCCCUUUUGUGCGGGUUCCAAGAAGACCAUCAGUCAUUACCAUGAAACCCUCGGAGAGGCUCUGCAGGGGGUGGAGCUGGAGUUCAGCGGCCUGGACAUCAAGUUCAAAGAGGAAGUCAUGCAGAACACAUACUGUGAAAUUGACUUAGACAAACCCAAACAGGAUGCCUUUGUUUACGCCAUAAAGAACCACUACUGGUAUCAGAUGUACAUCGAUGACCUGCCCAUCUGGGGCAUCGUCGGCGAGGCGGACGAAAACGGAGAGGAGCAUUACCUCUGGACGUACAAAAAGCUGGAGAUCGGUUACAACGGCAACAGGAUCGUUGACGUAAACCUGACGAGCGAAGGCAAAGUGAAGCUCAUGCCAAACACCAGAAUCGCCAUGUCCUAUUCUGUGAAAUGGAAGAAGUCGGAUGUGAAGUUUGAGGACAGGUUUGACAAGUACCUGGACCCGUCCUUCUUUCAGCACCGGAUUCACUGGUUCUCCAUCUUUAACUCCUUCAUGAUGGUCAUAUUCCUGGUGGGCCUGGUGUCCAUGAUCCUAAUGAGAACCCUGAGGAAGGAUUACGCCAGAUACAGCAAAGAGGAAGAAAUGGACGACAUGGACAGGGAUCUGGGGGAUGAGUACGGCUGGAAGCAGGUGCAUGGCGACGUGUUCAGGCCGUCCAGCCAUCCGCUCAUCUUCUCCUCGCUCAUCGGCUCCGGCUGCCAGAUCUUCUCCGUCUCCUUCAUCGUCAUCAUCGUUGCGAUGGUGGAGGAUCUGUACACAGAGAGGGGCUCCAUGCUGAGCACAGCCAUUUUUGUUUACGCUGCAACCUCUCCUGUCAAUGGCUACUUUGGUGGAAGUUUGUAUGCAAAACAAGGAGGCAGGCGGUGGAUCAAGCAGAUGUUCAUCGGGGCCUUCAUGAUCCCAGCCAUGGUGUGUGGGACGGCCUUUUUCAUCAACUUCAUCGCCAUCUACUACCACGCCUCCAGAGCCAUCCCCUUCGGGACCAUGGUGGCUGUCUGCUGCAUCUGCUUCUUCGUCAUUCUGCCUCUGAACCUCGUGGGAACCAUUUUAGGGAGAAACCUCUCUGGUCAGCCCAACUUCCCCUGCAGAGUGAACGCCGUGCCGCGGCCGAUCCCCGAGAAGAAAUGGUUCAUGGAGCCGGCUGUCAUCGUGUGCCUCGGGGGAAUCCUGCCCUUCGGCUCCAUCUUCAUAGAAAUGUACUUCAUCUUCACCUCCUUUUGGGCCUACAAAAUCUACUACGUGUACGGCUUCAUGAUGCUGGUCCUGGUGAUCCUCUGCAUCGUCACGGUGUGCGUCACCAUUGUGUGCACAUACUUCCUGCUCAACGCCGAGGACUACAGAUGGCAGUGGACGAGCUUCCUCUCUGCUGCAUCUACUGCGGUUUAUGUUUACAUGUACUCCUUUUACUACUAUUUCUUCAAAACUAAGAUGUAUGGGUUAUUUCAAACAUCCUUCUACUUUGGCUACAUGGCCGUGUUCAGCACUGCUCUGGGAAUCAUGUGUGGCGCCGUCGGCUACAUGGGAACAAGUGCCUUCGUGAGGAAGAUCUACACAAACGUGAAAAUCGACUAAGCAGCGUAGCAGCAACACGGGGAUUUGACUGAUCCACCUUCGUGUUCUGGAAGACGGCAGGCACAAGUCAUUUAUUCCUUUCCCUCUUGCAGAGAGAUUGUGAGAAUCUCACUUUGUUCAGCAUUGUUUUGUUUUUGUUUUGUUUUUUCUGAAUAAAUUCACCGUGACUUUAAGAGGGGGAAAUCUGUGGAGGAGAUGUGAAACUCAAGGUUUUUAUUUUUUAAUCAGUUGCUUUAGGAAACGGUUGGGAGGGUUGAAUGUUUAAAGCCGACUUUUCUCUCUUUUCCCCCCGAGCCAGUCCCAAACGAGACGACGGAGUAGUGUAGCUCUCUUCAGUGAAGAGGCCGGAGCGUUCGGAAAGCCUUGGUUCUGUUGCGUCGAAUUUUCAGGAGCCGGGUUCGUUUCUAUUUUGUACUCCUGGAAGUCACUCGAAGUGUUGUCGUAUCUCUGCCGUACCGUGGUUUGUUCUUUUACUUUCACUGAAAACGACAAAAACCUCCGUUUGGCGGCUUAAUUCUCCAGAAGCAGUCCAUCCAGUUGGUGAGGUUCUGGCCCUGCUGUCGGGUUUCUGCACUGGACAGAAACUGAUCAGCAGCUGAGGUGAAGAACUGAUUUUUAUUUUUUGUUUUUUUUAAUGGCCGUUUGAUGUGAUCCCAUCUCCAAGUUAGUCUUGUUUUCUAAAUGUUUGGGUUGAAUGAAGUCUACAUGUAAAGAUAAUAUAUGGAUGGGGUGGCGUGUAUAUAACCUUAAUAAUGUACCUUUAGAUGUAGAUCCCAAAUGUAUUUUCGUUGUACAGUUUUACUACAGGGUCUUUUUUUUUUUUUAAUGAAUCCUUUAGUUGCAUUGAUUUGUUUUUCUCUUAGUUCGGUGCUUGGGGUGGGCGCUGUUACAGCUUGCCUGAAACUGCAUGAAAUUUUUUCCACAUUAACCAUCUUCACCAAAUUCUGCCUCCAUUUUUUUCUGUUUCGAACUCUUAAGGCCACAUUUCGACCCACUUUUCUUCUUUUGGGGGACGUUUUUUAUUUGGAUUUCAAAGCUUUAAAGAGGGCCCACGUCUUUCGGUAAGCUAAGCUUCGGUAAAAAGAAAAACAUCGUUUAUCUGCAGAAACCAGGCGGUGCUUCGUUUCUGCUACUGUACAAAGUAAAGUUUAUGUACACCUAAAACUAGAUGUUUUCAUCACCACACUGUGCUGCAGAGUGUUUCUCCCUAUUUUGUGUAAAUACAGUAUGUACCCUACUUGUAUGAGAAGUGGCAAAUGCCUUUUUUUCUAAUUUCCAGUUUUCUCCCACUUUGGUUGAUUUUUGGCACUUCAUGUUGUGUACCAAUGUCAGACAUUUUGAACCUGCAUAUUAACUUGCUGUAAAAAGAAAAUAAACAUGUUUAUGUACA